GAAAGUUACCUGUGGCCGCCCAAGUCCGCCACUUUCUGCUCUGUGGCUGCCCAUUGCCAGCAACCGGGAGGACUCCGCGCCGCCCGGCCGCCUCCGAGCUCGGGCCCCAUGUGAGGGCCCCCCCCCUUAUCCCACCUUUCCGGCUAGGUGAGGGCGCGAGCGGGCGAGCGAGCGAGAGUGGUGAGGGGGGACGGAAAAGCAGAAUUACCUGUAGCUCUUGUUCUGCCAUCUCGGGCGCUCUCACACACCUUCACCUGCACAGACUUGAAAGUCCAGUUUCACCAGAGGCUGAGGCUCCAGGAAAAGGGGAGCGAGUUCAUUGGAUCAAACAUGUCACAAGAGUCGGACAAUACCAAACGACUGGUGGCCUUAGUGCCCAUGCCCAGCGACCCUCCGUUCAACACCAGAAGAGCCUACACGAGCGAGGAUGAAGCCUGGAAGUCGUAUUUGGAGAAUCCCCUCACGGCCGCCACCAAGGCCAUGAUGAGCAUUAAUGGUGACGAGGACAGUGCUGCCGCCCUGGGCCUGCUGUAUGACUACUACAAGGUUCCUCGAGACAAGAGGCUGCUGUCUGUAAGCAAAGCAAGUGACAGUCAAGAAGACCAGGACAAAAGAAACUGUCUUGGCACAAGUGAAGCCCAGAGUAAUUUGAGUGGAGGAGAAAAUCGAGUACAGGUUUUAAAGACUGUUCCAGUGAACCUUUCCUUAAACCAAGACCACCUGGAGAAUUCAAAACGGGACCAAUACAACACGAAUGUCCCGGAGAGCCCAGCAGUCGUCCCGUUGUCUGGGAUCACCGUGGUGAAAGCGGAAGAUUUCACUCCAGUGUUCAUGGCCCCGCCAGUGCACUACCCCCGGGCGGAUGGGGAGGAGCAACGUGUGGUCAUCUUUGAACCCACGCAGUAUGGGGUGCCCUCCAUAGGCAGUCACGGCACCUACCUCAAGGAUGACCAGCGCAGCACCCCUGACAGCACAUACAGCGAGAGCUUCAAAGACGGCAACCCAGAGAAAUUUCGCAGUGCUUCAGUGGGGGCUGAGGAAUUCAUGUAUGACCAGACAUCAAGUGGCACCUUUCAGUACACCCUGGAAGCCACCAAAUCUCUCCGUCAGAAGCAGGGGGAGGGCCCCAUGACCUACCUCAACAAGGGCCAGUUCUAUGCCAUAACGCUCAGCGAGACUGGAGACAACAAGUGCUUCCGACACCCCAUCAGCAAAGUCAGGAGUGUGGUGAUGGUGGUUUUCAGUGAAGACAAAAACCGUGACGAACAGCUGAAAUACUGGAAGUAUUGGCACUCACGGCAGCACACAGCGAAGCAGAGAGUCCUCGACAUUGCUGAUUACAAGGAGAGCUUUAAUACCAUUGGAAACAUCGAGGAGAUUGCAUAUAACGCUGUUUCUUUCACCUGGGAUGUGAAUGAAGAGGCCAAGAUUUUCAUCACUGUGAAUUGCCUGAGUACAGAUUUCUCUUCCCAGAAAGGGGUGAAAGGACUUCCUUUGAUGAUUCAGAUUGACACGUACAGUUAUAAUAAUCGUAGCAAUAAACCCAUUCACAGAGCUUAUUGCCAGAUCAAGGUCUUCUGUGACAAAGGAGCAGAAAGAAAGAUCCGAGAUGAAGAGAGGAAGCAGAACAGGAAGAAAGGGAAAGGUCAAGCUUCCCAAACCCAGUGCAACAACUCCUCUGAUGGGAAGUUGGCAGCAAUACCUUUACAGAAGAAGAGUGACAUCACCUUCUUCAAAACGAUGCCUGACCUACACUCACAGCCAGUCCUCUUCAUACCCGAUGUUCACUUUGCAAACCUGCAAAGGACAGGACAGGUUUAUUACAACACGGAUGAUGAACGAGAAGGGAAGCAGCCUCCUGUGGCAGCGGCCUGGGCUCCCUCAGUCACGGCUCCCCUCUCCUCUCUUCCAGUGCUCUUGUACGUGAGGAAGGAGACUGACGAUGUGUUUGAUGCCUUGAUGUUGAAAUCGCCCACGGUGAAGGGACUCAUGGAAGCGAUAUCUGAGAAAUACGGGUUGCCUGUGGAGAAGAUAGCAAAGCUUUACAAGAAAAGCAAAAAAGGCAUCUUGGUGAACAUGGAUGACAACAUCAUUGAGCACUACUCGAAUGAGGACACCUUUAUCCUCAACAUGGAGAGCAUGGUGGAAGGCUUCAAGAUCACGCUCAUGGAGAUCUGAGCCCUGGCC